UUCUGGCGCCCCGACGAUGUCGGAGUCAACCCAGACUAAGCAGGAGAUGGAAACACACAUUCAGGAGUACUUAAAUUUAUUAUCUCCUUCCGAAUGUAAUUUAUUAAAGAAUUGGCUGCACACCCUACGCCCCUCCAUCGGCAAUGGGGUGUCAGCAGGCUUCGAAAGUGUAACGCGACUACUAGAGUGCCACAUAUACCCUACCAUACAGAUACUGAACCAAAGCCGGGACAAAUCAAAAUUUCAUAUCAGUCGUGUAAUCGCAGAAGUGCUGCAUAUAUUAUUGGCACAAAAUGAUAGUAAAUGUAGGGCAGCGUUCAUUAAUUUCAUCGUAAACUUUCCACUUAACAUACUAGAAGCGCCAUCUUUGCGAUUGAAGUUAUUCAAACGAUUAACAGAAGAAAUGGCAAAAGCUGAUGAUAUAUGUUUAGCGCUGCUUGGAAGACAUGAUUCCAAUCUCUUAGUGGAAGUACUGGAAAAGUCUCAGGAACAGUGGCAAAAUUGCUCAAUAGGGGUGCCAAGUAAGGAAUUUGUAUUGCAUCAAUCUCUCCGUAACAAACAGCAUUUUGCUCCGUUGGCGGCGAUGAAUUUAAAAAGCGCGCAUAAUGUUACAGAUAAAGGUUUACGUAACAAUUUAUUAAUUUUAAAGUUUGCUAAUGAAUUAUCCAAUACCAAACAAACAUUGGCUGAAGUGGGUAACAUAAACAAAUGGUUGGCGGAGUAUAACGUUGAUGAGAGUCCAGUGCAUUUGCAGGAAAUACACAAAUUCUUUCACGCUGAUUUUCAGCGUAUUGCUAUCAUUAUAGAUUUCUUGAAAAAAUUUUCGGAAACAUAUAAAGCAACGCCAUUAGACGCAAUAUUAAAUGCAAGAAGCAUACUAAAGCUACUCUACGAUUACGACUUUGAUGCGAGUUUCGAAGAUAUACGGCGCUUGUUGGAGACCACACGUAAAUGGCAAAUGAAGCUAACAAAUAUGAAAUGUCUUUAUGAACUUGAAAUGGAGACAUUGAAUUAUUAUACAGCAUUAUCCACUGUGUGUGAAAUAAUGCUACCCUGCGAAAAUUAUGAUUUGGACAAAUAUUACGACCGAAAGAUUCAGCAGUUAAACGGGAUGCUGCGCAAAAUUCUUAACGUAGAUAUGUUGUGCGCACUUAUCGAGGAUAUUUUCCAACUGAUAUUUCUGCGCUGGGAGCAUUUACGAAAGUCUUCUAAUGCAUGUUUCUCUACAUAUCGUGCAAAUCGUAGCCACUCUGCAUACUCAAGCGACACCAGCACUACGGCUGAAGCUGCCAUGGAAACACAUACAGCAUCGAUCCGUUCAACAUCAGUUUCCGCUGCCAGCGGCCGUCAUGGUUUUAUUUGUUGUGGGAGUGCACUACGUGUUAUAUUUGGUUUUGUGCGAAAUUUUAUAACGAAAAAAAUACAUUCAGAAGAUUACAAGCUUGCCUCAGAACGGGUACAAAUUCGCUUUCAACGAAUCGUUGAUAUAAUCACUGAGGCAUUAUGGAAAUAUUCUGUAUUGGAAAAAUUUGACAAAUCCUUUACAUUGGCAAAUAUACAGCAGAAGUACAGACUAGAGCCCGAAGAAUUGCUGCAACUGGUGCAUGUGCAUGAAGAUGCCGUAGAAAAAUCCUCCAGCGAUGAUGACAGUCGUGACCGCAGCAAUUAUGCUAGUUUGUCACGGCGCAAAGCAGCAAGAAAGAAACGGCGGGCCACAAUUAGUGGUGCGGCCGGGAUGGCACGUCCUUCAUUUCAAGUGUGUGAACAAAAUCCGAGCAAUGUAAAUAUAAUGAUUAGUAGUGUCACUACGGCAGAAGACGCUGAGCGCAAUCCAAUGGAUGAACUGAAGUCUCGUCGCGACUUUAAUCGCUUAAACGAAAGGAGUAUUAUACCGCAGAUGCUCGGCUCACCAGAGAAUUUAGCAAUAAUGGCAUUGUCUUUGAAAAACUUCAACGAUGUUAAAUUUAUCAUUGAGGUAAGUUUGUAGUAUUUGUGGUUUGUAAAGUAUUUGUAUAGC